GAUAACGUAGGUGUGUAGAUGCCUUGCUUUGGUUAAUUCCGUUUUCUGACAUAUUAUGAACACGUGUGUUUCUCUUAUCAAUUUUUUCCAAGUUAUAUAUAUAUCCAACAUCGCACCAUCCUUUUACGGUUCUUCUUGGCCAUUUCUCCUUAUUAUGCAACGCCAAAUUUGCAUGCACAGUUUAGAAAAACGAUAGAGAGAGUAAUUGCAGACUAGCAAGUUUAUUAGUUUAAGAGGGUUUGGAAGGUGAAGGUUGUUACUGCCAAGUGAAGGAAAUCCAUGGAGGAGAUAGCUCAGGCAGUUGCGGUUCCAUAUAGGCUAGGUAAUUUGAUCCAUGAAGAGUCAGCAGUAAAAAUCCAAAUGGAAAUGACUGGCCUCAAGCUAAUAGCAAAUUCACCUUGUGAGUCCUUUUCUUGUGGAAAUGAAAGUUACAGAAGCAAUGGUCCACAUGAUGAAAACAGAAUAGAAGCCACUGUGUCGCAUAUGCUUGCAGGAUAUGUGGGUGAUCGGAUUUCUAAUGAAAAUAUUGAUUGGGGAAGUAAGGAGUACAAUAAGUUCAGGCCAUCAUGUGAGGUUGGCAAUGGAUCUAGUACUACUUCUGAUGCCUCUACAUCACUUAUUUCGGCAACUAGGGAUAAGAAAAUUUGUAGAACAAGCUGCAGUCAGAAAGUUUUUGAUUUGGAUCGAGUACCCCUUUGGGGUUACACAUCUAUCUGUGGAAGGAGACCGGAGAUGGAAGAUGAUCUUGCUGCUGUACCUCGAUUUUUGCAGAUUCCUAUUCAGAUGCUAAUGGAUGACGGUGGUUUCAAUGGCAUGAAUCAAAACCCAAGUCACUUAACUGCCCAUUUCUUUGGUGUCUAUGAUGGCCAUGGGGGUUGCCAGGUUGCUAACUAUUGUCGCGAACGCGUACAUUCUGCAUUGGCUGAAGAGAUAGAAACUGCAAAAGCAAGCUUGCAUGACAGAAGUACUGGGGAAGGUUGGCAGGAGCAGUGGAAGGAGGCUUUCUCCAAUUGUUUCUUGAAAGUGGAUGCUGAGAUUGGAGGAGCUCCCAAAGGCACGAAUGUGAGCAACACUUGUACUUCUGGGGACUAUGAUCUCCAACCUAUUGCUCCUGAAACCGUCGGUUCUACAGCUGUAGUCACCGUUAUUUGUCCAACCCAUAUCAUAGUGGCAAAUUGUGGUGACUCAAGAGCAGUAUUAUGCAGAGGAAAAGUGGCUGUGCCAUUGUCAGUAGACCACAAUCCAAAUAGAGAAGAUGAAUGUGCAAGGAUAGAGGCUGCAGGAGGCAAAGUCAUCCAGUGGAAUGGUUCUCGUGUAUUUGGUGUUCUUGCAAUGUCAAGGUCCAUAGGGGACAGAUACUUGAAACCGUGGAUUAUUCCGGAUCCAGAAGUAGUGUUUGUUUCUCGAGAAAAGGAAGACGAGUGCCUUAUUCUAGCCAGCGAUGGGUUAUGGGAUUUCAUGACAAACCAGGAGGCCUGCGAUAUUGCACGAAGGCGGAUCCUUCUGUGGCACAAAAAGUAUGGUGAUACCACCAUGUCAAUGGAAAGGGGUGAGGGAGUUGAUCCUGCUGCUCAAGCUGCAGCAGAUUAUCUCUCAAGGCUUGCCUUGCAAAAGGGGAGCAAAGACAACAUCACUGUAGUGGUGGUAGACUUGAAAGCAACAAGGAAGUUUAAAAGAAAAACCUAACUGCAACUAAGAUUGGAAUCUGAGAUAUGCCAGUAUAUUAUUAGAUGAUUAUAAUCAGUAAAGAGUGGCUCAGCCCAUAAGUUUUUCACCUGGGUUGGGUGUAGUUAUGAAAACUCCUCUGCAUAAAGAAAUGGUCAAUGCUCAAGUAUAGCCUCUCAAGAUUUUUUUUUCUCUUCAUUUUGUCCACCUUUACUUAGUUCUGGUUAUCUUAAUUUGUGCAUAAACAAAAAUUCCAGUAAUUUACCACAAUGGUGUUCUACUCU